AUGACUGCAUUGUACAAUCUUCUAUUUGCACCACUGCACCACGACUUUGUCCUGCAAUCCUGCAACAUGCUGACCAGCCCCAUGGAGAAGCAGCUGCUUGGCCAAGCUCUGGUGCACCUGCAGGUGGGGGCAAUACUGGGCAGCGCGGGGACGCCCGCGCAGGGCGAGGAGCCGCCGGCGGCGCAGCCCGGCAGCUGCGGAGACAAACCACGGGUGAACAACAUCCUCACGUCUGCCACCGAGCCCUACGACCUGUCCUUCUCCCGCUCCUUCCAGAACCUCUCUCACCUGCCGCCCUCCUACGAGUCUGCUGUCAAGACAAACCCAAGUAAAUAUUCUUCUCUGAAGAGGCUAACUGACAAAGAGGCUGACGAAUACUACAUGAGGAGGAGACACCUGCCCGAUCUGGCCGCCCGGGGCACCCUGCCCAUCAACGUCAUCAAGAUGUCUCAGCAGAGCACCCCGCGGGAGCGGCCACGCCGCCCCAUCCGCGCCAUGUCCCAGGACAGGGUGCUGUCCCCGGAGCGGCUGCUGCCCGAGGAGUUCAGCUUGCCCUACGAGCGCGUCCUGUCCGACGAGCAGCUGCUGUCUGCCGAGCGCCUGCACUCCCAGGACCCGCUGCUGUCCCCGGAGCGCUCGGCCUACCCCGAGCAGUCCCUGGCGCGGGCCCUGUCCCACACUGACGUCUUCGUCUCCACGCCCGUGCUGGAUCGCUACCGGAUGGCCAAAAUGCAGCCCCUUCCCAGUGCCUCUAAUAACUUGUACAACACCCUGGGCAUGACCCCCACCUCCGCCAAGCGCCAGGCCUUCGCCUCCCGACGCCACAACACCGUGGAACAGCUGCACUACAUCCCCGGCCACCACCACCACUACCGCACGGCCAGCAAAACAGAGGUGACUGUUUGA